AUGGACGAUCUGAAUCGUUUUUGUGAAUCGAUUCCAAAAAUUGAACUUCAUGCACAUUUGAAUGGAUGCAUUCGUUCGUCAACAUUUCGACAACUACUUUCAUCACCUACAGAUCAAAUGCGUCUCGAUACACUUGAUAAAGAAUUUCCUAUGGGUGAUACACAUUCAAGAAUGGCGAAUGUUUUCGAGAAAUUUUCUUUACUUCGUUCAUGUGUAACAAAUUUAGAUGAUAUUCGUCGUAUUACACACGAAACAUUAGAAGAUUUUAUCAGUGAUAAUGUUAUAUAUGCUGAAUUGCGAACUCGUCCACGUUCAUUUCAGAAUGGUGCCAUUGCGGCGUCAAGUUAUGUUGAAGCCAUUCUAGAAACGAUGCAAGAAUAUGAAGAUAAAAUUUGUUCACGUUUAGUAUUAAGCAUUGAUAGAACACAAACAUUGGAGCAGGCAAUGGAAACAUUAAAGUUAGCUGAAAAAUAUCGUACACAAAUCGUUGGUCUUGAUUUAUCUGGUGAUCCAAAUGUAAAAUCAUUUGAACGCUUACGUCCAGUAUUUGAUUUAGCUAAACAAAUAAAUUUAUCAACAACUAUACAUAUUGGCGAAUUACCGGAUGAAGAAUGUUUAAAUGAAAACAAUUUAAUCAUUGAUUAUAAACCAACACGCCUUGGUCAUUUUAAUUUUCGUACAGUUGAUCAAGAACAGCGUGUUUUAAAAGAGCAAAUUCCACUUGAACUAUGUCCAACAUCAAAUCUAUUAACUAUGAAUCUAUCAGAUUUGUCGACACAUCAUUUUGAUUUAUUUUAUAAAAAUAAACAUCCAUUAACCAUAUGCACAGAUGAUAGUGGUCUCAUGGAUUGUCGUUUAUCGUCUGAAAUAUUUCAAAUAGUUCAAACAUUUCGGUUAACAAAAAAAGAAUUAUAUGAGUUUAUGUUUCAAACAUCUAAUCUUAUUUUCGAUAAAAAUAUGAUUGAACUUUGUCAAACAAAAUUAAAGAAUUUUUCUGAACAAUCAAAUUUAUUUUAA